AUGCUGGCCCUGACCCAGGACCAGGGCCCCGAUGGGGUGACCGGCGAGCCGGACGACUUCGGCCUGGCCGAUUCGGUGGUCCUGCAGGUUGGCCUGCCGGCCGGCAACUUUGCCAGCCCGACGGCCGACCAGGCCCCCAAGGCCACCGGCUGGUUCCGCAAGGCGGCCGGCAAGAAGCCCACCGUCCGCACGCUGGAUCUCUCGGCCCUGAUGGACCCCUUGAACAUCGCCGACACGGCGGCGCGGCUGAACCUGAGCCUCAUGCGCUGGCGCCUGGUGCCGGACCUCCAGCUGGAGGCCAUUGCCAAUGCCCGAUGCCUGGUCAUCGGCUCCGGCACCCUCGGCUGCAUUGUCGCCCGGAACCUGGUUGGCUGGGGCGUCAAGAGCAUCACCAUGGUCGAUCAGUCGACCGUCAGCUACUCCAACCCGGUGCGGCAGAGCCUGUUCGAGUUCGCUGACUGCGCCAAUGGCGGCAAGCCCAAGGCCGAGGCCGCGGUGGCCGCGCUCAAGCGCAUUCACCCGCUCCUGGACGCCAAUGCCGUGAACCUGUCCAUUCCCAUGCCCGGACACGCCUUCACCGAGGCCGACGCCCACCAGAACUACCUGCGCCUGUCGGAGCUGAUUGCCAGCCACGAUGUGACCUUCCUGCUGACCGACAACCGCGAAAGCCGCUGGCUGCCCACCCUGCUGGCCUGUUCGCAGAACAAGGUCCUCAUCAACUCGGCCCUCGGGUUCGACUCGUACCUGGUGGCUCGCCAUGGCGCGGCCCCGGACGCCGAGCCGCACCAGCCCGGCUCGCCGCGCCUCGGCUGCUACUUCUGCAAUGAUGUCAUGGCCCCGACCGACUCCACCUCCCAGCGCACGCUGGACCAGAUGUGCACGGUCACUCGGCCGGGACUGGCCUACAUGGCCGGCAGCCUGGCGGUGGAGGUCAUGUCCACCCUGCUGCAGCACCCGCUCGGGGUGCGCGCGCCGGCCGGCAUCACGGUCGGCGGGCUGUAUGCGCACGAGUCGCAGAUGGACAGCUCCGGCCUGGCGGCGCGGGACUCGGCCGCGUCGACCACCUGCCUGGGGGUGGUGCCGCACACCAUUCGCGGCGGCGUGGGCCACUGGGGCCAGCGCCUGAUCCUCGGCGAGGCGUACACCCGCUGCAUCGCCUGCAGCGGCAGCGUGGUAAAGGCACUGCGCGAGGCUGGCGGUCGCGGCUGGGGCCCGGCCGAGGCCGAGGCCGACAGGCAGCCCGGCGCCCCGGACGGCUGGGACUUCAUCCAGCGCGUCCUGCGCGAGCCGAUCCUCCUGGAGGAUUUGACCGGAAUCAGCGAGAUCAAGAAUGCCGCGGACAACAUCUUCGUUGAUGAUGAUGACUUCCUGAUUGACUCGGACUCCGACUAG